UACUGACCCCACCACAUGGGUCCUUUCCAGGCAAGGUGUGCUGAGGAUGGCCCCGCCAGCCCUCGCUGCAGCUGCCGGUUUCUCUUACAGCUCCAGCUCCAAAAGUCCCAGUACCUGCAGCUGGGCCCAAGCCGUGGCCAGUACUAUGGCGGGUCCCUGCCCAAUGUGAACCAGAUUGGGAGCGGCACUGUGGAUUUACCGUUCCAGCCCAGCGGAUUUCUGGGGGAUGCCCUGGCAGCGGCUCCUGUCUUUCUGACACCCUUCCAGUCCUCAGGCCUGGACACCAGCCGGACUACCCGGCACCAUGGGCUGGUGGACAGAGUAUACCGGGAGCGUGGCCGGCUCGGCUCCCCACACCGCCGGCCUCUGUCAGUGGACAAACAUGGUCGGCAGGCGGACAGCUGCCCCUAUGGUACUGUGUACCUCUCACCACCCUCGGACACCAGCUGGAGAAGGACCAAUUCUGACUCUGCCCUGCACCAGAGCACAAUGACACCCACCCAGCCAGAGCCCUUUAUAGGGGGGUCCCAGGAUGCACACCAGAAAAGAGUCUUACUACUAACAGUCCCAGGAAUGGAGGAGACCACCUCAGAGACGGACAAGAACCUUUCUAAGCAAGUAUGGGACACCAAGAAGACAGGGUCCAGGCCCAAGUCCUGCGAGGUCCCCGGAAUCAACAUCUUUCCAUCUGCUGACCAGGAAAACACUACAGCCCUGAUUCCUACCACCCACAACACCGGGGGUUCCCUGCCUGACCUGACCAACAUCCACUUCCCCUCCCCGCUUCCAACCCCGCUGGACCCCGAGGAGCCCACCUUCCCAGCGCUCAGCAGUUCCAGCAGCACCGGCAACCUCACUGCCAACUUAACGCAUUUGGGCAUCGGCAGCACUGGCCAGGGCAUGAACACUCCAGUCUCUUCACCGCAGCACCGUCCGGCCAAUGUCAGCCCACUAUCCCUGAGUUCGGAGACACGACGGCAGCAGCAGGCACAGCAGGUGUCACCCACCCUCUCCCCGCUGUCACCCAUCACUCAGGCCGUGGCCAUGGAUGCCCUAUCUCUGGAACAACAGCUGCCCUACGCCUUCUUCACCCAGGCAGGCUCCCAGCAAUCAACUCCACCGCAGCCCCCGCCCCCGCCCCCCCCGCCACCAGUAUCCCAGCAGCAACCAUCCCCACCACCUCCGCAGGUGCCCAUCAACCUCCCCCCAGGCAGCCCCCUGAUGCCGAGCACCAGCCUGACGCAGGGACCCCAGCUGCCCCCGCUCCUGGUCACAGUACCGUCCUCUCUCCCCCAGUCCCCCCCAGACAACCCAGGCCAGCCACCGAUGGGAAUCGACAUCGCCUCGGCCCCGGCUCUGCAGCAGUACCGCACUAGUGCCGGCUCCCCAGCCAACCAGUCUCCCACCUCACCCGUCUCCAAUCAAGGCUUCUCCCCUGGGAGCUCCCCACAACACUCUUCCACCCUGGGCAGCGUGUUUGGGGACUCGUACUAUGAGCAGCAGAUGGCGGCCAGGCAGGCCAAUGCUCUGUCCCACCAGCUGGAGCAAUUCAACAUGUUGGAGACGGCCAUCAGCUCCAGCAGUCUGUACAGCCCGGGUUCUACACUCAACUACUCGCAGGCGGCCAUGAUGGGUCUGACGGGCAGCCAUGGGAGCCUGCAAGACACACAGCAGCUUGGCUAUCCCAGCCACAGCAGUAUCCCCAACAUCAUUCUCACAGUGACAGGAGAGUCCCCUCCCAGCCUCUCUAAAGAACUGACCAGCACGCUGGUUGGGGUUGGCGAUGUCAGCUUCGAUUCUGACAGCCAGUUCCCUCUGGAUGAACUCAAGAUUGACCCCCUGACCCUGGAUGGACUGCACAUGCUCAAUGACCCUGACAUGGUCCUGGCCGACCCGGCCACCGAGGACACCUUCCGGAUGGACCGUCUGUGAGUGCACACCCAGCACUCUGCUGCCCAGCCCCGGCUCCGUCACCCCGCCGGUCAGUGGUCCCAACGGAGUCUCCCUGAGCCCAGGGACUGCACACUCUGUCCCUGCAAACGGCCGAGCUUGUGAUUCUGAGCUUGCAAUACCGCCAAGCACUCCCGCCCCCGCCCUCCCUCGGCUGUUCACCUCCCCUGGGAGGCUGUU